AUGCAAAAUGAAUAAAUGAAGCAGCCAAAAUAGCAGAAUUUAUAGUCUCUGCUUAAUUAAAGCUAGUCUAGCUCUUAAGCUAACUAAAGCAGUAAAGGAAGAUCAAACAGCAUAAAGCAGUAGAAUUAGAAUAUUGAUUAAUUAGAGCACCAUCAUCAUUAAAUAUCUAGCAAUAUAAAUAUGCAAUAAAAUGGAACUUUUAAUUAGCAAUAAGUGAAUUAGGAAUAGAUUUUUCAAAGUUAGAAUUAUAACAAGAAGAUAAAUGAACAUUCUAAUAGUAAUAUGUCCAACUCGCAAAUUUAAAUGAUGAUGGCAAACUAUUAAAAUAAUGUGAAUAGUCCAAAUCAAUCACUUUCAAAUCUAUAGUUAUAAUAAUUACUUAAUUAGCAUCAAAACGCAGGUUCUUCAAAGAAUCAGAUGAUAUAGCAGUUACAUUAGAAUUCGCAUAACCAGUUAUAAUAGAAUUACUUACAAGGAAGUUAAAAGGAACUCUCUCAAAUAAAUAGUGGUAAUAAUAGUAUGUCAUUUGCGUUUCCUUCAUCAAACUAGUCUCCAAAUAACUCUUCUAACUAGCAUCUUAGUUUGAUAUAAUUUAACAUCUAAUAGAACCUUAAAAACCAAAAAGGGAGAGCCUUUCAAGGAUAAUAGUAGCAAUAAUACUUUUAAAUUUAAAAUCAAUAAUAGUAAUAGUUGCAACAGAAUACAAAUCAAUUACUUAACUAGUAGAAAAAGGGAGAAAAAUUCUCUUAAUCUAUAUCAGCAAACACAACCACAAAUGCAGGUAAUGGAAAUAGUAAUCUGAUUAAUUUAAUGAAUAAGGGUAAAGCUAGCUUGAUUUUGUAAGAUAAUUCUCUGCAAGGUGUUUCCUCACCACCCAAAUUAUUUUCUCCUCAAUCUAUUUCACAAAGUUAGCAACAAUUCUCAAAUCACUCUCAAAAUACUUCUACAUAAUAUUAAAAUUUUAUAAAUAAUAAUUUCCCUCUUCUGCAGCAAUAACAGGAAUAAUCACAAUCAUAGUCUUAAAAUACACCGCAUUUAUCUGCUUCAGCAGCUACUAUUAUGAAUAUGAUGAGUGGCGCAACUAAUAGCGUAAUGCCUCCAACAAACAAGUAUAUUAAUGACUUAAACUUGUAAAAGUAAAUGUAAAAUCUUUAAAAUCCAUUGCUUUCUUAGUAACUGUAAGUGCAGCAAAAUAAAGUAAACAGCCAAAUAGGCUCUAAAGUAUCAAAGACUUAAAGCAUAACUUUAAAUAAAAAGUCUUUUGCAGAUAAAUCUGGAUUGAUAUAGCCUUCUUAUAUAAACGGAACUCCAACUUCAUCUUCAGGGUUUUAAGGUUCGCAAGAUAAAAGCAAUGUCCAGAAUUCAAGCAAUUUUAUAUCUCAUGUUAAUUCUUAGUCUUAAACAUUAAACAAUUUUAAUUUGAGCCAAUCAAAUAACACUCAAAGUAAACAAAAUCAAGGACACCAACACUACAAAUCUAGCACUGCGUCUUCAACUUUAGAAAUCUUAAAGAGCAAUUAAAACUAAAAUUAGCAAAAUUUCAAUUAAUCUAACGUUAUCCAAGCUUAAGUUUAAUAACUUGCAAGCAAAAUAUAAAACACUAGCAAAGCAAAAAUAUAACAAAAUAGUUUUGCAAAUAGGAGCAUAAAUAGCGAGUUCUAACAGACUUCUCAAAAUUAAUAAAAUGAUAAACAAUUUCAGCUACCUCAAUCUACUUCAAUAUAAAACUUGAUAAACCCAAUAUCUAGCAUAGAAAAUUAUAAAAGUACAAUAGAAGCAUAUAAGCGAAUGGUAGAAAAUUUAAAUAAAUAAAACGACUAAAAUUCAAAUAAUUAAGCUCAAUUAAAGCAUUAAGCUAAUCACUAACAAAAGCCGUCUAUUCCAAUUCACUAAAAUCAUGGAUCUGAAAAUUAAGAAAUACAAACACAUUUAAAGAGCAAUAAUCACACAAACAAUUUUUAAACUGAUUCCUAGACAAACCUAAAUGAUUUACAAGAUGAAAAUGUGGAAACUAAUCCAAAAAUAAACUCCCAACAAGGACAUAGAUACAGCGAAUCUCGUCAAAGCCACCCAAAGAAUUAUGAAGAUAUCUCAGUAAUAGCAGCUAAGUAUACAAAUCUUGGAUCUGCUUUGAAUAACAAUAUAAAGUAAUAACCAAUAAAUGCUAACAAUAGUUCUUAUUACAACAAUCAAGUUAUUACCAAUAAUAAUAAUAACAAUAAUACUGCUGCUGCUAGUUCUCAAAUAAAUAAAAGUAGUGGAGAUAUUACAGAUAUAAAAGUUUCUUCACUAAGAUAAAUUGAUCAAGAUGAUAUCAAAUCGAGCAAUCCUUCUUAAACAAAUCUAUAAAGUAGCGGAAUCCACUCUUACAAUAAUACAGCUGCAAAUAUUUAUGGGUCAUUUAAUUAACAGAAUCAACAAAUUCCAAAUAAUAGAAACAGUGAAAACCUGCAUUUAAAGCAAAGUUUAGUAGAAACUCCUUCAAGUUCUACCACUUAAUCUCAUUUAAAAUAAUCAAAGCUAAGCAACUUGUUAAAAUUUUAAUUUAACAAUCAAAACGAAUUCACUUAAAACUAAGUAAAUUUAAAUGGUUUAUCAAUGGGAACUAAUUCAGGAUCAAUCGUAGGGAAAAAGAAAAAAAGUGAUACAAUUAUUGGAAUAAGUCAAAUCACAGGCAAUACUUCUAACAUUAGAAGAACACCUUCUAAUUCUAUCACAUAAAACCCACUGCUAUUCGGCACAUCAUCAUAAUCUUCCCAACAAAAUAUAUUUAAUGUAAAUUCUCCUUCUCAUCUCUCAUAAUAAAGCCAAUAAAGUUAAAGCAACUAAAACUAAAAUGAAAGUUAGAAAAUGUCUUAAACCAUACCAUAGCAUCACCACUCAUUCUAGCUAAACCUGAAUAAAACAAAAUAAUUAUUCUCAAAUGCUUCACCUGCAAUAGAAAGUGCUAACAUUGGAAGCACUUCAAGCUAGAAUAACAACCCUUAAUAGCUCUAAAUAAAUUCUGCCAAAUUAGAUAGCAACAACCAAAAAAAUAUAAAUUAAAUCUACUCUAAUUCUUUUGCAACAGGAACUCUAGAAACAAAUCACUUUCGCCCUUCUUCUACCAUGUCUGCAAGUAAGCUAAAACACUAAAACAUAAUUACUCCUUCUAAAUCUUUUUCUUAAAUCUCACCUCUCCCUUUGGAUCACUCAAGGGUUUCUACUAUGCGAUCAAAUUAUUGGAUCCAAAACACUCCUUAACUAUUUGUAAAAGCUUAUUUCAUGGACACUAAAUAUUAUUCAGAAUACAUAUAAUCUCUGAACAACUAUGUAGAUUUUGUUACAAACAUAAAACACCCAUAUAUAUUUGAUGAUAAUUUGCAAAAAGAUCAUAAAAAAGCGAAGAGUCAUAAAGUAUCAAGUGUUUUAAUAGGUUUCUAAAUCCCUUAAGAAAAUGAUUCAACUAAAAAUGUUCGUGGUGUUAUUGAUAAUAUAAACAAUAAAAAUUUUUCUAAGUGGAAAGAGAAUAUGGACUAAAAACUAGCAUAAUUAACUAAAAAUUAAAAUUUAAAUAAUAAUCAUAACAAUAGUACAAAUAAUUCUGUAUAGAUGAAUAAGCUUCCAAAUAAAAUUGAAUAAUAAUAAUAAUAAUAAUAACAAAAUUAAUAAACAAUACCAAAUAUUAACUAAAUGAAGAAUUUACUACAAUAAAAUAAUAUCAGCAAAAUUUAGAAAGGCAUUCAAUUAUAAUAAUAAAAUUUAAAUUAACAAUAAUAACUAUAAUAUCAAUUAGCUGCUAUUCAAGAUUAAUGA